CGUCGCACGCCACAGCCAUCACGACGUGACUUCGCCGCACCUCGUGCUGCAGCCAUCGGCGCUUCCGCCUCGGUUCACGAGGCCCGAGACCCUCUCCAACCCCCACGCAAGUCGGUGACUGCCGGAGCGGGCGAGUUAUGCCGCCGAGGAUGAGACUGACCCCACUGCUCAGCGCUUUCGAUGCGCUCGGGCAUGUUCUCUCGAUGUAUGCCGACGACGGACGCGAUACUCGUGUUCGCCGCUGCCGCUCCACAACCUGCCGGGAGGCGGGAAAUCAUUGCGAGCGGCUUGCAGUGCACGUCCGCUUGCAGCACCGCUGCCUGCGCGCCCGAUGACGUGACCUCUACGCCGCGGGGGGACGACUGGCGGUCGUCGUCUUCACCUGGAAAUCGAUACGAUGACGACGAGCGUGCAACGAUGAGCAUAGAGCCCAGGACAGCACAAGAACGGCCAUGUCGAGCUCAACUGCGUUCGCAAGUCUUGCGGCUCCUCUCAAGAUGCACAAACUCCUCAUUUUCUUCAUGAGCCGCAUCAGGACGCCUAUAUGCGCCACGCCCGUAUGACUACAUAUGUCAUCUCGGUGAGCACACCUGUUCAGUUCAUGUUGGACUGCUAUGAAAAUGCGGCAUUCACGCACUCGUCGGUGAGCCAAACACACAUACCACGCAU